AUGGCCAUUGCCUUGGGCAUGGCAGCAGCGAAGCAGCUUCUGCCUGCCGACCGAAAACUUCGAAAGGGCGACUGGAGUGCCCGCGGGCUCCCUUCUGACGGCGACCCAGACCCGAUGAUGCAGCUGAGCUUAGAGGGCCAGACGGCACUCGUGCUGGGCUAUGGUGAAGUUGGGCGCAGAGUUUCCCGCGUGCUUGCAGCCAUGAACAUGCGAGUGCUCGCCACGCGGAAGACUGCAGCGCAAGGCGACGCCAAGUCUCCGGAGCCAGGUGCUGUGAUCUUGGCUCAUCCGUCUCAGCUACAUCAGCUGCUUCCCAGGGCCCAGAUGCUUUUCAUCUGCCUUCCCGACACUGCAGAGACGGAGGGCCUUAUCGGGGAGCGAGAGAUCUCUCUACUGCCACCGGGCUCGGUGAUCGUCAACGUGGGCCGCGGGCAUGUGAUCAACGAGGAGGCCUUCUUCAGCGCGCUGAAGAGCAACCACUUGCUGGGGGCUGGAGUCGAUUGCUGGUACAAGUACCCAGCAGAUGCCAGGAGCCGCAGCAACACCCCCGUGUCUGCAAAGUUUGACUUUGGAGGCCUCGACAACAUCGUAAUGUCACCACACCGCGCCGGCUCAGUCGGCCUGCCCGCGACGGAGCGCUACCGCAUGGCGGCCUUGGCCGAGCUGUUUAAUGCCCCGCUGUUGAUGGCAUACCUGUUGGUGGCAGAGGCGAAGCUUCCGAUGGGCGACGAGGAUGCUUAUACAUACUCGGGCAUUGCCAUGUCCAUGGUGGAUGAACUCAACGAGUUGGUGAAGCCGAUUCUGGCAGAGACAUCUGUGUGGCCUUAUCGCGAGGCCAUCUCGAGAUUGCAACUUACAGAAAACGCGGCUUUGCAGGCCAGGCAGUCCUACCCCACGCUGCUGGGCGGGCCCCGUGGGAUCACGCUGGAGUUCGUGGUAGUGCACUGCAAAGAGCCGCUGGAAUGGGUAGAGGCGGACCUUCUGCCGAUUGCCCCUGCCGGCUCGCAGCUCACGUUCUACGAGAAAUGCGGGGAGGAGCCGAAGUUCUCAGGCGCUGUGACGCAGCACUUUGCGCCAGUGUCGAUCAGAUCCUGUAGGGAUCCCAUAGACGGCCCUCGUGGAGAUGAGUGCCUGGGCUACUUGGCUCACAUCGUCUCCAACUACUGGAACUUGGCCACGUUCACGGUCUUUCUGCAGGAGUGUGGGGUGUGUCGGUGUGUCGUGAAAUGCUGA